GGUGUUUAAACUCAUGGUUCUGGUUCGGUUUAGGUGCCGUUAUUUACAGGGGUCUGGUUAUUUACAGGGGUCUGGUUGGGGUGCUGAAACCCUUGGUUAAAUUCGCCUAGCUAAGGUAUAGUUCUCGCUGUUAGCUGCUGACAUCUACUCGGCUUGACACGUGGCGUGGCGUGGGCACGACCACGUGGCGUGACGUGGGGACCACCACGUGAUAUCAGCUUGAGAUUCUGGCGAUGGCGGGAAAUUCGAAAAAGCGGGAGGCAACUCUGCUCCAGGUGAAGGAAGAGAUUGCGGAGACCAUGCGGCGAAUGCUCGAGGAUGACGUGGCUGCUCCUCCUACGGAUGCUGUCGAGACUGGGCACGGCGGGGUGGUGCUUGGCGAUGUUGGCGGCAACCAAAAAUUGAUGGCGGGCGAUAAAGCGAAGGAGGACGAUGACGACGUCGUUGCUGCAGCCGUGGAGAGAGACAGAGGAGAGAGAGACAGAGUGAGAGACGAGGAGAGAGAAGAGGGGGGGCAGGGAAGAGAAGAGAGAGAGGAUAGAGAGGAUAAGCAAGCUGGGUUCGCCGCCAUCGCUGCUGUUCCUGCUGCUCCACAGCUAGCACCAGCGGUAGGUAAGAUGAAGGAUACGAUUGAGGAUAAGAUCGAAGAUAAGGUCCAGGGUAAGGUGGAAGAUACGAAUGAGGACAAGGAGGGUGGUCAGGUGGAAAAUAGUACUAGUAAGAUGGAGGAGAGGGAGGAGGAUAACCUUGAGGAUAAGGUCAAGGAGGAGGAGAAUAAUAAGGAGGAGGAUAAGAUUGGGGAUAAGGCGGAAGAUAAGGUGGAAGAUAUGAAGGAGGAGGACAAGAUUGAGGAUAAGGUGGAAGACAAAGUGGACGAUGAUGAGAUGGAGGAUAAGGAGGAGGAUAAGGUUGGGGAUAAGAUGGAAGAAGAGGAUAACCUUGAGGAUAAGGUCAAGGAGGAGGAGAAUAAUAAGGAGGAGGAUAAGCUAGAGGAUAAGAUAGAGCAUACGAUUGAGGAUAAGGUGGAAGAUAUUAAGGAGGAGAAUAAGAUUGAGGAUAAGAUUGAGGAUAAGAUUGAGGAUAAGAUUGAGGAUAAGAUUGAGGAUAAGGUGGGAGAUAAUGUGGACGAUGAUGAGAUGGAGGAUAAGGAGGAGGAUAAGGUUGGGGAUAAGAUGGAAGAAGAUAAGUUGGAAGAAGAUAAGGAUAAGGAUAAGGCGUUAUCAAGAACAGCAGUGAAGCGAUUGCAAAAGCGGGAGUUGGUGCGAGAGAAGCACAGGCAGAAGAAGAUGGCGGAGAAGGCAAAGAGGCAAGUGUUGAGGGAGAAGAGGCAAGAGGAGUACAAGGCGAAGAUGGAGGCCUUGUCACCUGAAGCGAGAGAAGCUUUGAAGAUGUCGAAGAUGGAGUUGCGCGAACGAAAGAGACAAGAGCGGAUCGACUCCCGCGAGAGGCUCCUUCGUGCCCAUCAAUCUGGGCAGAGAGUGGUGAUCGAUCUAGAGUUCGCCUCCGACUUGACGCCUAAUGAGUUGAAGAGCUUAGCGCAGCAAGUGAUGUACUGCUAUGCGCUCAACAUCCGAUCUCCGGCGCCUUGUCAGCUAUGGCUGACCGGAUGCAAAUCUCCGGUUUUUGAGCAUUUGCAGAAAAUCACGGGAUUCGAACACUGGACCCUUUCGAGAGACCAAAGGCCGUACAUCGACGUCUUCAAGGAGCGGAAGCUGGAGGAUCUAGUGUACUUGACAGCCGAUUCCCCGCACACGAUCGACGAUCUGGAUCCCGACAAGGUCUAUAUAAUCGGCGGGAUCGUGGAUCGGAAUAGGUGUAAGCAUGCCACACUCAACAAGGCCGUCGAACAGGGAAUCGCCACGUGUAAGCUGCCCAUCGCGGAGCACAUGAAGCUGUCAUCCUCUAGGGUUCUGACUGUCAAUCAAGUGUUCGACAUCCUGUUGAAGUACAUGGAGUACAGAGACUGGCGACGAGCGUUGGACACGUGUGUGCCUCUGCGCAAACGCGCGGCAGCAGAGGUAGAGGCGGAGGCGGAGGCGGAGGCGGAGGUAGAGGCGGAGGCGGAGGUGGAGGCGGAGGCGCAGGGGGAGGCGGAGGUAGAGGCGGAGGGAGAGGUAGAGGCGCAGGCUGCUGGAGGAGGAGGUGGUGCUGGAUCUGAACCUGCUGGCGAUGGCGAUCGGGAUUGCGACGGGGAUCGCGAUCGCGAUGAGAGGGAUGGAGGAGGAUCGAGUUUGAAUAAAACUGUAAGCUGGCGAGUAGUCUCAAACUGGGGACCUGAAGUACCGUUGUGUUCGGGGGAAGACGGUAGGGUUGUCACGGAAAUAAGGGUGCGUUGUGUUCGGGGGAAGACGCUUCUAGACAAGCCAGCCUCAGCAGCAGCAAAGGCUGUGACCAGAAAUGAAGUUGUUGCUGUAUCUGAUCAGGUCUCUAAGGAGGCAACAAAAGUUGCUGCAUUAUGGACUGGCGACCCGAAGCUCCAAGAUGGCGUUAGGGUUCUGAGAGUGCUGGAAAACACUGUCGUCGCCUUUCUGGGCAUGUCAAAUGCCAGCUCUGUCGGCAUGGGCCCGACACUUCUCGCUUCACUAAGGACUGUCGCUUCUGCCAUAGUCGAGAGUUGCAUCACCCUUGUUGAUGCAGUGAUCGCCUAUGGCUUGCACAGUGGGAAGAAGUCAGAGGCAGCAGCAGAGGCAAUCCCACCACUUGCAGGCCGGGUAUGGGAGGCAUGCGACGCAAUGAAAAGGCUUCCACCCGACAAUCGGACAGCAGUUGGCCGAGCGCUGACCCGUCUUGCGACUUCCGUCAAGGAUGUCAUGAGAGAGAUUAAGGAGAUGGAGCUAGACGAAGAGGAAGAGGAAGAGGAGGAGAAGAAGAAGAAGAAGGACAAGAAGGACAAGAAGGACAAGAAGGAAGAGGAGAAGGAAAAGGAUGAUGAACAUGAUGACCCGCCAAAGGGCGUCUGCGACGAGGAGGGUGACGAAGACGAUUUCAACUUCGAUCCGAAGUUGAGCGCGAAGGAAAUGGAAGUGGCAAAGCGAGUCGACAGACUAUGUGAAUGUGUUCUUGGUGUAUUCAAGCAACUUCUAUUCCUGACGAUCGAACUGAAAGAGCCAACCCUCGACGCUUCUUCCACCUCACCCUCGCCCUCCUCCUCCUCCUCCUCCUCCUCCUCCUCCUCCUCAACAACUGCACCACCCUCUUUAUCGCCAGCGGCUACCGCUGGAUCGGCCGUAGCAGGGUCAAUUGGCACCUCAAGUGCAAGUCUGCCGGCGCCUUCAGCUCCACCGUCUCUACCCGCGAUGCCGACCAGCGGAUCGACUGCAGCCGGGUCGACAGGCACUCCAAAUGCAAGUCUGCCGGCGCCCUCAGGUGUUCUGCCAAGUGCGUCGCUGGGCCUCGCGGGUGGAGGGCUCCCACAACUGCCGAGUUUGGGCUCGGGGUCGACGCGAAGAGGCAAGCACGGCCAUGGAAGAGGAAGGCCCACCGGAGGUAGCAGCAGCGGCGGCCCCACGAACAACAGCCGUACCGCACGGGAUGUACAGCCGGUUCAAUGGACGAUCGUCAGGCCGCCGGAAGGAUUCACGUCAAUCAAUAUCCUGGAGAAAUUGUUGAAGCUGUCAAAGGACAUGUCGUCCGAAAUCGAAGAGAUCGGGGCCGGCUUGUACCCUCCACAAGAAAUAUCAGCCAUCAGAGAACGUUCUCAGAAGGUCAAGGCUCUUUCAGAGCAGAUUCCGGAAUUGUUGAAAGGGGUGAUUGAACCUGUGCCAGAGAAGCUGCGAGAUGGUUUAGGAUCGUUGCAAGAGACGAUCCAAUGGUUAGACCAGGAACUAGCCGAAGGGUAAGGUGCUGAUAAUUUUAAUUUUAAAAAGAAAAAACGAAGGGUAAGGUGUUGAGGACUUUCAAAAAAAAUAAAAAAAAUAAAUAAAUAAAUAAAAACGGU